CAGAGGCAGGCGGGGGCGCGCGCGCACGCUCUCGCGCACGCACACACACAGACACACACGCUGAGAAAAAUCGAAGGCUGGCGAAGAAGCCAAAUGGGAAUGAUGCACUCGUGAACGCCGAGGAAGCCAACACGUACGCCGGGGGAGGCGGACUACUCGGAUCCGUCGUUCGGACGCGGGAGCGAGCCCCGUGAAUUGAGCGUUUAAGCGGCGGGGGAUUAAUCCUUCGAGGCGGAGGGGGAGCGACAGCCCGCAGACGAGGGGCCGGAGACCGGAGCGCCAAUCCCGGAUGGCUAGGCGCGGCUGCUCCCGCUCUCCCCCACCCUGAUCCGGAGCCCUACUGAGGCACACCGAGGACCGUGUACGCCAGCGUGUAGGGGUGGCGGGGGGCCCGAAGAAGAAGAGCUCUCAGACGGCGUCCAAGGUUUGAGAUCCCCGGCCUUGUUUCCGCUCCGUGCCCGAACAUAAACAAACAAACCUUCUUCAUCCCUGUCAUCCUCAGACCUGAGUGUACGCACGCGGUUGAUGUGUCUGCAGAGUCGAAGCGUCCUUAUGGGAUGUAGUUGUAGCCCCACCGUGGAGUGACUCCCCCUACGCGCCCCCGCACUCACUGGAAGGAAACUGGUGGAAAAGGCAGACGACCCCCAAAACACAAGGCCUAAUAAAGUGCGGAAGGCUCGGCCAUGCCGGUGUUCAGCGGCCUCCUGAAGGUGCGCGUGUGUGAGGCGGUGGACCUGAAGCCCACUCCUUGGGCGCUGCGUCAUGCCGUGGGCAAGAGCGGUUCCUUCCUGCUGGACCCCUACCUGGCGCUCAACCUGGACCAGACCCGCCUGGGACAGACAGCCACACGCACUAAGACUAACAGUCCGGCCUGGCAUCAGGAGUUCUGCACAGAGGUGCGCGAGGGCCGAAGCCUGGAGCUAUCCGUGUUUCACGAUGCACCCAUCGGCUACGACGACUUUGUGGCCAACUGCACCAUCCAGCUGGAGGACCUGCUCCAGAACGGGACCAGACACUACGAGGACUGGAUUGACUUAGAGCCUGAGGGGAAGGUCUACGUGGUGAUCGAUCUGUCUGGAUCUUCCACUGAAGCUUCAGGAGCCAACGACAAUGAAGAGCGCGUCUUCCGGGAACGGAUCGGGCCGCGUCGGCGCCAGGGCGCGGUACGCCGGCGUGUCCAUCAAGUCAACGGACACAAGUUCAUGGCCACCUACUUGCGGCAGCCCACGUAUUGCUCACACUGCAGGGACUUCAUAUGGGGUGUCCUGGGGAAGCAGGGCUACCAAUGUCAAGUGUGCACGUGCGUCGUCCAUAAGCGCUGCCACGAACUUAUUAUCACCAAAUGCGCUGGCAUGAAGAAGCAGGAGGACACCCCGGAGGAGGUGGGUUCGCAGCGCUUCAGCGUGAACAUGCCGCACAAGUUCAGCAUCCACAACUACAAGGUGCCCACCUUCUGCGACCACUGCGGUUCGCUGCUGUGGGGUCUCUUGAGGCAGGGCUUGCAGUGCAAAGUGUGUAAGAUGAACGUGCACAGGCGUUGCGAGAAAAACGUAGCCCCCAACUGCGGCGUCGACGCCCGCGGCAUCGCUAAAGUUCUAUCCGACUUGGGGGUCACGCCCGACAAGAUUUCCAACACGGCGCAACGUCGCAGGAAGUUGACGCCAGGCCAGGACACUCCCCAAUCUCCGCCAGAGCUCUCGCAGACGGAGAACAGCUUCAGCCAGCCGGCUGUACCCACCUCGCCCUCCCAGCAGGACUUGGCAGAAUUGGACCGUCUGCAGGACUCGCUGUCCCUGGACCAGCAAGGCCCCCAACACUCGUCCUCUUCGUCGUCGUCGUCAUCUGCCACCUCCACCACCUCGUUGUCCACCGCCUCGUCGUCGGGGGGCCGUGAAAACGGGCAGAGUCAGAGGAGGACUCUCAAGGACUUUAACUUGAUCAAAGUUCUCGGAAAAGGCAGCUUUGGCAAGGUGAUGUUGGCCGAGCUGAAGGGGACGGAGGAAGUUUACGCCGUCAAAGUCCUGAAGAAAGACGUGAUCCUGCAGGACGACGACGUGGACUGCACCAUGACGGAGAAGCGCAUCCUGGCUCUGGCCCGCCGACACCCCUACCUCACCCAGCUCUACUGCUGCUUCCAGACCCGAGACCGCUUGUUCUUUGUCAUGGAGUAUGUGAACGGAGGCGACUUGAUGUUCCAAAUUCAGCGUUCGCGCAAGUUCGACGAGCCACGCUCGCGCUUUUACGCCGCUGAAGUCACGUCAGCGCUCAUGUUCCUGCACCGCAACGGCGUCAUCUACAGGGACUUGAAGCUGGACAACAUUUUGCUGGACGCGGAAGGCCACUGCAAGUUGGCAGACUUCGGCAUGUGCAAAGAGGGCAUCGUGAACGGCGUGACCACCACCACCUUUUGCGGCACGCCCGAUUACAUCGCCCCGGAGAUUCUGCAGGAGCUGGAGUACGGCGCAUCGGUGGACUGGUGGGCGCUGGGGGUCCUGAUGUACGAGAUGAUGGCCGGGCAACCGCCGUUUGAAGCCGACAAUGAGGACGACCUGUUCGAGUCGAUCCUCCACGACGACGUGCUUUACCCCGUGUGGCUCAGCAAGGAAGCCGUGUCCAUCCUGCGAGCGUUUAUGACCAAAAACCCGGCCAAGCGUCUGGGCUGCGUGGUGAGCCAAGGCUGCGAGGAGGCCAUCAAGACGCACCCCUUCUUCCGGGAAAUCGACUGGCUGCUGCUGGAGCAGAGGAAAGUGCGACCCCCCUUCAAGCCACGCAUUAAAACCAAGCGGGACGUGAACAACUUUGACCAGGACUUCACCAAGGAGGACCCGGUGCUCACUCCCACUGACGAGACCAUCAUCCGGCAGAUCAACCAGGAGGAGUUCAAGGACUUCUCCUAUUGCGCUCCCGAGGAGACGCACACCUAACACACGCAAAGGCGCUGGCACUCCUUUACUUUUUGACGCUCUCCUUACUUUACGCGCGUCGUCGUCGUUGUUGUUCUCGUUAUUGUUGCCUGGAUUUGAUGAUGAAUAUGCACACCCGCUUUAUGCACACACACGCACACGGCUUUCUCCUCUUGUAUAUAUGAUCUCUCAAUCCAUAUAUUAGCCUGUGUCGCGUGGCCGUAUGGUGUCGAUGUUGUCCGCGAGCUUGUGGCGCAUGGACAAGCCCCCCCUAAAUCAGCUCCAUUUUCUUUUUCUUUUCUUUUCUUUUUAACUCAUUGGCUGCCGUUAAAGGCGAUAGACGUCCAAUCCUUCUGAAUUGGCAUUUAACUCAUUUUUGAGUUAAUACAAAUAAGUUAAUGCUUUAACUCGGAGUGAACUCAAAUUUUAGUUUACGCACAUUUGAGUUAACUCAAAAACAUUAACUGUCAAAUUUGAGAAAUCUCAUGACUUAACUAAUGUGUUGACUCCCAAAUUUGAGUUAACUCACAAAUUUCACUACUGAGUUAACUCCUUUGUGAGUGAACUAAUGAGUUAACACUCAAAAUUGAACUAACUCUCAAAUUUGUUCAUUUACAUAUUUACCUAUUGAGGUAACCCAUUUGUGAGUUACACAACUUUGAGUUGAUUCUCAAAUGUUAGCUGUCAAAUUUGAGUUAACUCAUGAGUUAAUGCUCACAUUUGAGUUAACUCACAAACAUUAUCUUUCAAAUUUGAGAGAUGACUUAACUAAUGUGUUGACUCCCAAAUUUGACUUAACUCAUUUUUUAGUUAACUAAUGAGUUAACACUCAAAAUUGAACAAACUCUCAAAUGUGUUUAUUUACCUGUUGAGGUAACCAUUUGUGAGUUACACAACUUCGAGUUAACUCAUGAGUUAACGCUCACAUUUGAGUAAACUCGUGAGUUAACGCUUACAUUUGAGUUAACUCACAAACA